ACAACUUCAUUUCCAUCUUCAACAUCCCUUCAUUACAUUUUUGUCCAUUAUUUCUUAGUACUAAAGAACAUUCAUAUCCACUCUUUUUCUUCUUCUUCAACUUGAGAUUGUAUAGUACAAAAAACAUGGAAGAGAUUGAAGUUCCUUCCUAUUUUCUUUGUCCAAUUUCAAUGGAGGUCAUGAGGGAUCCAGUUACAAUUUCAACUGGAAUAACCUAUGAUAGAAAAAACAUAGAAAAAUGGCUAUUCUCAUGCAAACACACAACUUGUCCUGUCACAAAUCAAGACCUAAAAUUCACAGAUCUCACCCCAAAUCACAAUCUCCUCCGUGUAAUCCAAUCAUGGUGCAUGUUAAAUUCUUCCAAUGGCAUCCAACGGAUCCCAACUCCGAAGCCACAAGUGCAAAAACUACACGUUGUAAAAAUCCUAAAUGAAGCAGAAAAAUAUCCGGAUAUGCAAUUUAACUGCCUCAGGAGGAUCAGAUCAAUCGCACAUGCAAGCGAGAGCAACAAGAAGUGUCUCGAAUCAGCUGGAGUAGUUGAUUUUUUAGCCGCAAUUAUGAUCAAGAAAAAAAAAUCAGAGGUCUCAGAUGCGAGUGACGAGGCUUUGAAUAUUCUUUUCAAUCUAAACCCUUCAGACACAGAGUUGAAAAAGUUCACCAACUCACAAAAUGAUCAUCAAUUCUUGGAUUCUUUACUUAAUUUCUUGAAGAGUGGUAAUUUACAAACAAGAGAAAACGCGAUAAAUCUAUUAAGAUCAACCCUCAAUGUGGCUGAUCCAGCACGAUUAAUUGGUAUACAACCAGUAUAUUUCAAAGGUAUGGUUGGUAUAUUAAAUGACAAUAUCUCUCAACAAGCAACAAAAGCAGCACUCCAGCUUCUAGUUGAAUUAUGUCCAUGGGGAAGAAAUAGGAGUAAGGCAGCUGAAAAUGGAGCUGUUUUUGCCCUAAUUGAACUUCUUUUUGACACGAAUGAAAGAAGGCUUUGCGAAUUGAUACUAACGGCUUUGGACCAUCUGUGUACCUGUGCUGAAGGGAGGGCGGAAUUAUUGAGCCAUGGUGGUGGAAUAGCCAUUGUUUCCAAGAAAAUUCUGAGGGUUUCACAUUUGGCAAGUGAUAAGGCAGUGAGGAUUCUUUGUUCAAUUUCAAAGUUCUCAGCAACUUGUUAUAACAAGGUUCUUCAAGAGAUGUUGCAAGUGGGAGUUGUGUCAAAGUUGUGUUUGGUUCUUCAACUGGAUGCUAGUCCAAAGACUAAGGAGAAAAUUAAGGAAAUUCUAAGGUUGCAUUCUAGGGUUUGGAGGGGUUCAUCCUGUAUUCCUCCUCAUUUGCUCUCUUCUUAUCCUUGAUAAAUACAAGAAAAAAGAGAUAGGAACCAGCGACAGACAACUUCCGCUGUUGAAUUGUAAAAAUAAGUAGAUUAUCCUAUUUAACGACCGGUUAUAAAAAAAAUAUUAAUUACGAGCUAUUUAGCGACAAAUAGAGAUAGAUUUCAUAGUUGAUUCAUGGUCUUUGGUAGUGCUAAAGAGAAUUUGUAAUUUUUCCUUUUCAUGUACGUAUAUAAUUCAUAGGAUUCAA